UACGUUCGUCGAAACAUCGGUUGUCUCAGAGUUGCUCCGGAUACUCCGCAUUGACCCAGGCGUAUUUGCCGACGCCGGAAUUGCCGGGACCGGCGGAUACAUGCUGUUAGCCCGCGAUGCGUUGCGCGAUGCAGUGCCUGGGAGAGCGAGUCGAGCUCCAUCUCGACGGCCGUGUCCGCGGCCAGUGCUGCCAUUUCAAUCACCGACAUGCGGGGCUUCUGCCGGAGCCUGCCGUCCAUGCUGUGCGGCCGGCGUGCCGUCCGAGUUCUCUCCCCACGACACGCGCCGCCCGGUCUGCAGCGCCUGUGCCUGCGAUUUGGUGCGCUUGUGCUUGCUCUCGUGCGCCUCGGCCGACGUGUCCGAGCCCUGUGUCGAUUUUGUGGUACUCUUGCGUGUAAGGGUGCGCGACAGACGCCUGCUCUCAGACUGCGGCACCAGGAGCGCUGGUUCGCCGGUGCCGCGAUAGGUUCAUCUGCGCUGUCCCACGUGCAAUGUCGCGAUUGCCGUCGAGGAUGAGGCUGGGGCUGGCAAAAGAGCUGGCCAAACGAAUACUACAGAGCAGUGGCGCGCAUGCCAAAGCGCAAUGGGAAAUUAGCGUGCGUGGGUGGGGGCGGCAAUCCAAUUGCCGGCAAUAAAAAAAACCAUACCGCAUGCUAUCAAAAAUAGUAGCAGAAUGCGCUCGGAUC